AUGCGAUCGGGAGAAAUGGAAGAAUUACUGGACCAGUUCGAAGAUCAACGGGAGUCAAGAGUGCUGAAGCACAGUGCAAGCUAUGAAAAUUGGCUCCUAUGGUCUCUUAGUGCUCAAUACGAAGUCACCUCUGAAAGGAUGCUAAUGCCACUGGUACGUUUCCUUAUUCUACGAGCUAUUCUCUCCUUUCUGAAGGCUUUCCUUUUCGUUAAGUUGUGA